AGAAGAUGACCACUUUGCCGGCCGUUUACCAUAAUGCAACUUUUCCCUUUGUAUUGUCCUUUCUUUUUGAACCUUCUCUUGCUUGUUAAAUCCAACUAUACAAUGUCUCUUUUCUCAAGUUUUCUUAAUAUUCUUCCUUCUCGCUUUGAUCCAAGAAAGCUAUGAUUCUCUAGUUUCUAUUAUUAUUAUUAUAUAUAAAAAAAAAAGAAAGGUGCAUGUGAAAAAGAUUAAAUUCUCCAUCACAAGAACAUUUGAAGUACUUCUUAUGUUUAAUAAAUCUUUGCAUCUCAAACAUUUCUCAUAAACUUGAAAGAAAAAUCAAAAGCAACGCAUGGAGGCUGAAAAUAUGGGAGCUAGAAGUUGGCACCUCGUGUUAUUUUUUCUGUGUCUUUCCUUUUGUUCAGGUCUAGGUACAGCCAUAAGAUUAAGAGAAGAUUCACCAUAUGAAUUUAGUAGUACUCAAUUGGAUUCAAUUCCAGUUGUGAACCCUACAACACCAGGAACAGGAAAUCCUUAUCCAACAAUCAACCCAACAUCUCCUCAACCACCUGACACAAGUACAGGACAGACCCCCCCAACUCCAGACACCUCAAGCCCAACUAAUCCAUAUUCAAACCCAACAAGCCCAACAAAUCCAUACUCAACCCCAACAAGCCCAACUGUGACUCCCACAACACCAACAACUACAACUCCAACAAGCCCAAUAGGAGGAUCAUCUGGUGGUGGUGGUGGUGGUGGUCAAUGGUGUGUUGCAAGUCAAUCAGCUGCAGAGACUACUUUAAAGGUAGCUCUUGAUUAUGCUUGUGGAUAUGGUGCUGAUUGUUCUCAAAUUCAACAAGGAGGAGUUUGUUUUGACCCAGAUACAUUGAGAGACCAUGCUUCUUAUGCAUUCAAUGAUUACUAUCAAAAGAAUCCUGCACCAACUAGCUGUGUAUUUGGAGGAGUAGCAUCACUUACAAACAAAGAUCCAAGUCAUGGGAAUUGCCAUUUUUCAUCCUCCAAAACAAGCAUAAGCCCACCAAAUUCACCAAGUCCACCUACUACAAUGACUCCACCUUCACCAACAACUAUGACCCCACCAAGUUUUAUGACACCACCAAGCAUGACAAUGCCUGAUCCUGAUGGAGGAUCAUCAUCGGUCUAUGGUUCACCACCAGGAGGAAGCCCCAAUAUAGCCACAUCUACUUCUUAUUCCAUACUCCUGCUACUUACAACCGGCCUUUGUGCGACACUUCAUGUGCAUAAUUACAUAUAGAAGAGACUAACAUGUGUCAGACACCGUACGAGAAUUAUAUCUCCGACCCUUGAUUGGAAUUCAGUCUUCCAGAAGAUUUUGCAAGAUUUCAUUGAAGUGUCAAAGUUCCAUAUUUGUGAUAUGAAUGAAUUCUUGCAACUAAAAUUAGUACUACACAACACUACCUUGCAUCAAUGUAUCCUGUUAGUAUUAGCAGAUUUAUUUAUAGGUUAUUGUAGACAGUUCUACAGUAUUUCAUACACACAAUAAGUUAUUAGAUUAUCUAUUUCAGAUAAAGGGAUACAUUACUUAUCAUAAAAAAUACUUGCAAUCUUUAGCAUUAUGGUGACAGUGGAUGUGUGAUCAGUUACUCGCAAAAAGAAUAAAAUUUUACACUAGCAAUGACUCGCAAAAAAAUAAAAAUUUACACUAGCAGUGUAUGUCUAAAAUUCACAACUCUACAAUUUAACACAUACUAUUUGACGGUUCUUAAAUA